CAACAGACCGUCCGCUACACCGGGUUCAGUGACAGCUUAUUUUCAUCGGGGAACCCCAAGCACCACGACAAGGUCAACAACUGGGUCCUGUUUGAGACAGACGAUGAGGUGGGGGCUGGCAAAGCCCAUCGCUACAACAGCUGCUGCACCAUCCCAGCUGUGGCCCCCUCAUUACUGGAGGGCUGCAACAUCAUUGACAUAAUGUAUGAGGUGUAUGUAAGUCUGUCCAUCAGAUAUUCAACA